GGUCAUAUAUAAUUCUCUCAACAGAGAAUGGCCUUCUAAGAGCACACCAACCCAAGAACGUCCUAUCAGGCUCCACCUCCCAACAGCACCACCUUACCAACCACAGUGGACCAUCGGGGACACCCAAACCAUCCCCAAACCACAGCAUGCCUCAUCUCAAGGUCAGCUGAUUGACAUCUCAGCUCUUCGGCCACAGAAUACAUUCCCAGGUCCUGAAGAUUAGACGGGGGCAUCUUGAGGGGCCGAGGGCCAUCUAUACUGCACAAAGGAAUGUGUUCCUGUUAUUCUGGGAAAGGGGCAAUCAAUAAGGAUGGUUUUCUCCUUUACUCUCCUCCUUCAAGCAGUUUGCCAAAGUUAUUAACCUGAGUGUGAAGAGUAACCAGGAGGGUGUGUUGAAGGACAAGACGUGGUGAGCAGGAGAGGAAGGUGGAUCAUUAGGAGGUGCAGGACCAGGCUCCUAGCUCUGCACAGCCCUCCCAAGCCUGCCUCAUGUCCUUACCCCUGUGCCUCAUUUUCCCACUUGCUCUGCGUCACCUUUGUUAGCUGCCAGAGCUCACCCAAACUGGUCUUCUUCUGGCUGGAAUCCGGGGUAAAAUACCACUUUGUAUUUGGAACAAUUUUCCAACAAGUUGUGAAGGAAAAAGCCAAAGUUCCAAUAGAAAUGUUAUUGGGGAGGAGAGCUGCCCUCCCAGGACAGGGCUACAUCUCGGGCCACAACUGACACAUGACUGACUAGGACAAGGAUCAGGCAGAGAUGUGAGGUUUUCCAACUUGGCUUUUCCCUGUGGCUCUCUGAAGACCAGUGUCUGGGAAGGGAGACUUUGGAAAACGCUGGAGUGGAUGACUCUGCUCUGGUAUGAGACACGGGAGGUAGCUGCCUGUACCAGGUCCACACACUGGCAGCCAGACAGCAGGAAGAGUCUGCAUGGCCGGCUGAACCCAACCCAGUUAUCUGAGAGGGGCCAUGUCACCUUCUGUAACAGUGGGGGGUGGCCUCCACCACAUGGGAUCUUCUGGCUCAACCUAGCAAGGCCUAAACUGUGCAGUCUCAGUCGAAGCUGAGAGAAGAACCAGUCUCUUUAGUCCUGCCAAGUUCCAAAUGUGACAGUAAACCCUACAAUGAAAUCCAGCCUCAUAAAUUCUAUCCCUACUCCAGAAAAACCCUUCUGACUCGGGUCUGCAUUCACCUCUGCUCUAAGCAAUCAGCACUCCAAACACAGGGAGGAAAUGGUGCCAUCAGACUGGGAAGGCAUCAGCCAGAGAGGGCGAGGCAGCCUCAGGGUCUGCCUCCAUUCUAGAGCACACCUGGAAGGGGUCCCUUGGCUGCGAGGGCUGUGCUAUUUCCUAUCUGUCCACACAUAGCCCUGCUGGUGAACUUCAGGGACGCCAGGGUCCAUGGGCAUUGCUGUCCCUUCCAGUGGCCAGAGCAGUGUCCAGGAUCCUUCAUACAGGGGACUUGGAUUUCUGUAUCCAAAGCUGCCAUGUUGGAAAAGGGGUCCCAUUUCAUUCCAGGACUGCCCCCCACCCAGGCCCUUUGCCAGCCAGGCUGAAGGGGGCUGAGUGUCCUAUGUUUGGACCUAGGCCUUCAUGCCUACUGGGGCACGGUGCCCUCCCUCCUCUGUGUCCUACCUGGAGCCCACAGAGCCAGGCAGGAGCCAGUCUUGCUGCACAGGGCAGGGCUACCAGAGAGAUGCCAGCAUGGACACCCACUGGGAGGUGGGGGCAGGUGAGGGAGCCAAGAAGCACCAUCCCUCAAGUUGGCAGGAGAGAAUCCUGUUGAGCCCACUUGUGCCAGCGUGGACCCGGGCGGCCACACCAGCCAAGCCCCUGCUUUCCCCACCAAGAGGCCCCCUUGGUGGCAUCCCCUGGCAGGGGCAGGCCCAGACCAGCUGGCACUCGUCCUUAUUAGAAUUCUGGGUUGAACAGUCCUGUGAGCUGCCUAGUAAAAAGCCAGAGAGGCCUUCAGAGAAAGCGCUUCAAUGAUGCACGCAUCGCCAGUGAAUUCAGACCAUCUCCAUCACAGUGGAGAGUCUGGAGCAGGAAGGGCUGCUCUGUCCCCUGCCAGGCAACAUAGGCAGCUGGGAGCCCUCUGGGGGUUUCUGGGACUUUCUACACCUACAUGAAGAAAAACCUAACGUCUCUGGGUGAGCUGGACAAUUAAACUGCCCCAGAAUGGUCCUAAGGCAACUUUGGUUUUUUAUAAAUAAAUAGAUUAAUUUAGUUGUUUCUACAUUCUAGGAUAUUAAUCAGACAUAGGUCAUCAUCCCAAACCAAUUUAUGAAAUAUUCUAAAACAGCCCGGCUUCCAAGCAGCACAGGAGCUCUUUAAACCUGAAGCUCAGUCUAGUUUGGGAAAAGGAACCCAGAGGUGCACAGUCUGUAUCAGGCCAAGCCUCCUUUCUUGCAGAGCUGGGAUGCAGUCCCCACUAGGUUCCUCCUCCGAAGCCUCAAGGAGUGACCCUGGCUGUUCCCACCCACCAGACACCCUCUCUGGAGGCCUUAUCGCAGGUCAGCCAAAACUAUCUGCAAUGCAGAGCGGGACAGGCGGACAGUGAGCCGAAAACCCAGCGGUGAACUCUCUCGCUCCUAGCAGCCCCGGGCGUCAAACCUUGCAAGCCGGCAUCUGAGGCCAGUGCGCAUUCUACCCUUUCACGUCCCGGUGGUCUGUGCCCAUAGCCCUGCAAUGCGCCCUGCCGUCCCUGGGACGCACAGGCAAGCCUAGGGGCAGCAACUCCCCGAGAGUGUGCUUGGCGGAUCCAGGAGCCGAAGGAGCCGCUCAGAGCCUGGACCCCAGGGCGCGGCUCCAAAGAAACAGAAGCAGAGUCACCAGUUCGAGAGCAGUGUUCGUCCCAUGCGACCCCCAGGAUGCAGAGAGAGCCAUGGUCGAAGCAGGCACACGACGAUAGUUCUGCUCCCGAGGGCUGGGACGUUUGGGAAGAGCAUCCCCGGAGCCACACAAGGACUGCCAGAGGCGCAGUAUAUAGCGCCCCGAAUCCGCGCAAGGACACGGGCCCGUGCCCAGGCCGCAGCUCCACCAUGCCGCCGCGCCCGUUGUUGGUUCCUCAGCUCAGGGGGACUGGGUACAGCUCAAAGCGUUGCAGAAGCGUCCCCGCAGCCUUCUGGGCAGGAGAAGCGCGGGCAAAUCUCUGACAGAGUUCAUCCAGCGCGGCGAGUUCCGCACCAGUGUAGCCUAGCGCUUCUGGGCCGGGGCUCAGAGGUCCCAGGCAGCGGCCCUGCCCCUCCCUGUUUUUCCCGCCUGCUCUUUAGCAAAGCCAACCCGCGCCGAGAGCCGCAUAUCAGCUGCCGCGACGAUUGGACAGCGGCUCAUGAAAGCGGCACCACCUUUUUAUAGGGUACAGAGGGCGGGGGCGCCGCGGAGCCCCGGGCAGUGGUGAGGCAAGCUGCUCCUGCGUCCCGCGCGCACUGUGCGACAUUCCCCGCACCCACUGUCCCAUGCAUGGCACCCAUGUCGCUCGGGAUGAACACCGCUGCGCUCAGGGCACGCGGUGGGGGCGGCGCGGGCUCAGGUCCCCUGCCCUUCAGCGUCGAGUCGCUGCUGGAGGCAGAGCGCGGGCCGGACUCCGAGCCCACAGAGCCAGGGGAGGAGAGGCCGCUAGGCGCCGCAGAGACCCGGGCCUGGGUCCCGCCUGCUGCCCUUGCGUGCCCCCUACGAACCCCCGGCCCCGCACCCUGCAUCCUCCGAAAACACAAGAACAACCGCAAGCCGCGGACGCCCUUCACUGCCUCGCAGCUGCUGGCGCUGGAGCGCAAGUUCCACCACAAACAGUACUUGUCCGUCGCUGAGCGCGCCGAGUUCUCCAGCAGCCUGAGCCUCAGCGACACGCAGGUGAAGAUCUGGUUUCAGAACCGUAGGGCUAAGGCCAAGCGGCUGCAGGAGGCUGAGCUGGAGAAGCUGAAGCUGGCGGCCAAGCCGCCGCUGCCCUCGUUCGCCCUGCCCUUCCCUCUGGGCGCCCCGCUGCAUGGCUCGGGCGCAUUCGGUGGCCCCGCAGGAGCCCUUCCCCAGGUGUCUGGGCUCCUCGCAGGGCCAGCCACGGCCUACAGCGUGUACUACCUGACUUAGGCGUGGGUGUGAGAAUCCGACCCGGAGCCGCCUAGCAGGAGGGACACGGCCAGUCCGGCUCCGCCUGUGCCACAGUCCACGGAAGACUGGCCUGCGCUGAGUCCCUGUUCCUGGUACCCUCCGCAUUUCGGUGUCGCCUUUUUUGUUGCUGUUGUUUAGUUUUUCGGUUUUGUUGCUAAUACGAUGUUAUAUUGAAUGCCUGAAGCCUAUUUGUGGGUAUCUUACAAAGAUUUCAAGUUUCUAAGAAUCAUGUUAGUACUAAACUGUUUGCUGAAAGGUAAUGGACUUUAUUCUGUACCCUCAAAAUGGACCAAAAUAGAUCUUCCUACUUGGAAUAAAGCAGCUGCCAAAGUACUCUGAGGCUUGCUCCGUGGACCCACCUCUGGCUCUGAAGCCCAGUUUCCUCCAGGUAGCCUUGUCCAGUUGCAGGAUUAUUCUGGGACACACCAAGGAACUACUUCUCAAAGAAAUUAAAAUAGUUUGAUGCCAGGACUACUGGAAACAAAUACUGACACUCUAAUUAGAUUCUCUCGUCAUUAUGGAUGGAAACUUUUGCACUUACUUCAGGCAAUUUGUAAUUGGUUCAGGGAGCUUGAAGCUGAUCACCCGCUGUGGUGGGAGCAUGGGCACGUUAGUGGUGCCAGGGACAGCAAUGGGGGGGCGCAGGGCGAGUGGGCCUGCUGGGCUUGGGGACAUGCCUGGAGGACAAGCGCUGGGCAGGAUGCUGCUGCUAGGCUGCUCCAAAACCCAGGCCAAGCUGUGCCCCAUCCCCCCACCGCUUGCAGGGAAGAGGAAGAACUCCUUGUGAUGGUGGAUGGGGGCAUGGGUGGAUCCAAAAGGCCUUGUUCUAGCACCGUGGAGGCCAGGUCCCCAGGUCCCCGCUGGUCACCUUUUGUUUGCAAGGCACUGCGCUCCUUGAUGAGGCGGGCACAGCUCUCUUUACAUGAAAAGAUGAACAAUCUGACCCGCUCUGAGGAGCUACCCCAGUAGGUCCACCAGCCCUGCCACACAGCAGAGACUCUGGAAAACCCACAGCUGGUUUCUUUGUAAACUGCAGCCACAGACUGGAGGGUUAAGCUGAGCUUGCUGAUUCCCUGGAGUCACAGCAGGAGUAGUGGGAAGUCCCCACCCCCCAACCCUGUCCUGACUUGCAGCUGAAGACAGGACUGGAUGGCCAAGGGUGCAGUGGGCCUAGACCAUGGGGAAUCCCCUCUCCCCACAGGCCUCUGCUGAUGGCACUGGGCUGGGUCCUGCGGAUCAGGUGAAUCAGACUGCAGGAGGGGAAGGAUCAACUCUGCUCAUCAGGACUGCAGCCUAGGAGAAACACCACAGUCCUACAGACUUCAUGGGUGUUUCUGCUUCAAUUCAAACACCUGGAAGUUAUAAAGAUAAUAUUGCGUGAAAUUCCCUGUGGUGUCCAUUAGACACUCUUCCUGUGUCUCUGAGAAAAUGGGAACUCAUCAUGGGUUUAAUGAGGAAUGAUCCCAGUUCUUGGAGACCAGGCUGGAGAAAGGGAAGGUGCCUGCCCUUCUCAGGUGCCUGUGCUUGUCCACCCGCCCUGGGGCCUGAACUAUUUAAACUGAAGCCCAAAUUUUCAAGUGGCCGACCCUCCCGUGGUCUCUAAAUGUACAGAGCAAAGGAACCGGGGUUGGGAUAGGUCUUCAGCAGCCAAUGUCCCCCAUGGGCUGCACCAGGCUGCUGCUUCUCAAGGCCCUUGUAUUCUCUUUCCAAAUCUUAGGUCUCUGAGUGGCAUAGGGCCAGCCAGGACCAAGUUUUAUGGUUCAGUUUUAGGGAUUUCUGAGUAAUCCUGAAAGCUACUCAUGAGGAAAACAAGCAUCCAGGGCCCAUUCCAGUGGAGUUGGGGUCCGCACAGCAACUUAGCCACCUUGUGGGCAUCUGUGCACUGGCCAAGGGCAUAUAAACCACCCUACAGGGCCCUGGAGAGUGCCAGGCAGCCCAGAGCUGAUGCAGAUCUGCUGAACUGAGAGUGAUGAGCUAGCUUAUUUAUCCUUCUGUAACCAAUUCUUUUUUUGGAGAUAGGCAGGGGUACCAGGGAUUGCACUCAGGGGCACUCAACCACUGAGCUACAUCCCCAGCCCUAUUUUGUACUUUGACAGGGUCUCACUGUGUUGCUUAGCUCCUUGCUUUUGCUGAGGCUGGCUUUGAACUCACGAUCCUCCUGCCUUUGCCUCCCAAGCUGGCAUGUGCCAUAGCACUCAUCUCUCUGAAACCAUUUCUGACCCCAAACAUCUGCCCAAGUCCUCUUGGUGCCCAGACCUCUCCAGGGUGAGUUCAUCUCUGGGGCUGGAGGGCAGGACAUGCAUAUGCCCUUGUUGCUGUCCAGCCCUUUUGCUUGUGAAAAGACUAAGGUGAACUUACCAAGACUGAGACUUUCUCCUGGAGAGAGGAUGUGGGCUAGAAGCCUUCUCCCAGGAUUAGAGGCCCUGCAAACCCUAGGCUAACCUGGAGCUGUACACACCUGCUGGCCACCCCCUGAACUCAGCUAGUGUGUCUCAAAGUCAGAGGUGGCCCGGAACUGGUGGCAGAAUAGUCACCCAUUGUGUCCCUGCAGGUAGCGGGUGGGCCAUCUAUAGACAGAUGCCUUGAACCCCAGAGUCCUGCCCGCCAGUCUGUGCCCUUUCAGCUGUCCGUGCUGGGCAACUCCUGUUGGGGUUGGGGACAUUGCCCUGUCCUUAGGAGUUUGUGUUCUGGCAAGAUGAUCACCUGACAAGGUGGCCCGGAGCAAUCUUACAGGGUAGGACAUACUUCUUUGGGAGUGCAGGGUGGCUGUGUGGUUCAGGAAUAAGGAGUGGACACAUGGUAGAAUGGCCUGGACUGUUGGUGGCCUCUGGCAGGGUCAAAGUGUAGAGGGCUGGUCUGUGAAAUGCCCUAGUGACCCGCCCACUGAGCCCCACCAUCCCAGAUGUCUCAUUGAGUGACAUGAAAAGACUGCGGGUCUGAUGCCCGAGACAGGGCCACCUGCUCUCCUGGGAAAGGGAACUCAUGGGGCCUGCAGAAUAACCCUGAGGCUCCCAACGUAGGGACUUCAUCACCAGAAGAUAGGAGUAUAGCAGGGCUGGCUCGAAGGCCCACCAGCUUCUGGGUGUGAAAGGGGCUGACCCCUCUGGGCCUCAUCCUAGUAGGGUCAGCCCUUAGAGCCUCCGCCAGCCAGCAGCACCAGCCUUACCCCUCUGGGUCUAUGGGGGCUGCUCUUGGCCCCACCCUGGGCAUGGACUGGAGGCCACUAUGCUGUGCUUGGGGACCACUAGGAGGAAUAGGCCUGGUCAGGACGUCUUGCACUGGUUCUGGGGAAGGAAUUUGUGAAAUCUGACCAGCAGAUCUUGAAUGACAGUGAAGAUCUGGAGCUAAGGGCCUCCUUGCGGGAGUUUUGAAAAGGUGAUGCAUUCUCCAGCUGGGUAGUAGGACUGGCAUUUGCCACCCCUGCCAGGACAUGCUAUUCUACCCGAGAAAUGCUUCCAGUGAACUGUGGAGGUGCAGCAGCAGGCGUGUGGAGAGCAAUACCAUUUCCACUUGGGCUGACCCCAAGAGCCCGGCGCUGGGGACAGGCCAUCUGCUCUCCUGCUUGUCUUCGUGGGCCCAGUGUCCCCAGCUCUCAGUCCCGUGCACGCCCUCAGGAAGCGUUUAUGAGUAUAAAAAGGAAAGAAAAAGUGAAGCCAAGAGCCUAAGCAGACUGUGCACCACAGGAUUGAGGAUGGCUGCCACACCUGACUAGGGGCCAAGGUGUUUCCCAUGUGAAAGGUGCUUUCCAUGUAAAAGCAAAGAGAAGACCAAGGCUCCACACACUAAUUAGAAAGAAACAUCACCCCAGCAGGUCCUGAUCCCCCAGCAAGAAAACACAGACACGUCACCGAAACCCAAGCGUGGCAAACCAGUUUUCCACCACAAACAGCACUGAUGCACAUUCCAUCCUGAAGCCUGCAAGUGACCUCUUUCUGGAAAGUGCUUCUGUUUGACAGCUGGACUUGAACCCACCGGGACUCUGCAGCAGGGAGAGGAGGUCUCCCCAGAGACUGAGCGGCUCACCUGGACCUCACCGCAAUGCUGGAGUCUUCUUCCCAUCAGUUCUGCAUUCCAUAUUUGUCAAGAGAAAAACAGAGACAGGAAAAACAGAUAGCUUUCUGGUGAGGGAGGAAUCCCGGAGAGGAUCCCAGCAUGGACAGUCCUCAAAGGCUGCAACACACUCCUGGUGACCCAAACUGCAGACAACAUAGGUCUGGCAGAAUGUGCUGCUGUGGAAAGGAUCAAUCCCAUCACUGUGGAGAACACUGGUCAGCACUAGCAUACAAGGAGGACAGCAGGAUAGUGGACACACUGAGACAAGGCCUCCCACCGGGAGUUGGGAGAUGGUUUGCAUUCUGUUUUCUCAAGUGGCCACAUCUGCCCCCAGGGGAUGCUCACUUCCUACCCCAACAGUGGACACUGGGUUUCCUCCCUGCACACCAGGACUGCACUCAAGCUGUUCUCCCUUGAGCACUUGCACCUGCCUUAGUGCCUGAAUGCCAGUGGAAUGUUUUCUGAAUUUGAGGUCAUCCUCAAGAUUCCCUCUGAGAGCUAUGAGCCUGGCUGCACCUCUGUACCAGGAGUCACAAGUGACCACCAGCUGCUUCUGGUCAGGCUCCAAGUCCAGAAAAACAGCAGGUGGUGAGGUGAGGCAGGGAAGGGCUUGUUGUGCUAGCACCUCUGGCACAGAAGCACCCAGAUGCCUGGCAGUGGGGAUGGGCCUCUGCCAGGCCUGGCCCUGGAGCCCAGGAUAAUCAUAUUUCUCCAGGACAUGCUACUGCCUGCCUGUCUGUGCUUCCCCACCUGUUCUGACCUCCUGAGCUGCCUUUUCCACCCCUGGCCGAGUUCUCUCCUGCUUGACAGGCCUGUGUGCCUUCCUGCUGCACCCCUUCUCCAACACUGUGUCCCAGAGGAGCUUCCUGGGUGGGUGGGGCACAAAGACCAUCUGGGUGUCCUUCUCAAGGCCUUGAAGAUAAGGACUCAGGGAUUGCUGUACCUGACCUACUCACCAACUCUCAGGGGCUCCUCAUAAAUCUCUCUGAACAGUGAAUCCUCACAGUGCAAUACUCUUAGUUGAUAAGUUCAACAACACAGAAAUAAGAGUAAAGAAUUUGGUGAAAAAUAUUUAUUUCAUGUGCUUAAAAAGAAUGUCCCUAGAGUGGUCCCUGCAGAAAGAGGUGAGCUGUCUCCUGAGCCUGCUGUUUGUCCCAGUCAUCUCUGGAAGCUUUAAGUCCCCUGCCGCUUCUGGUAACUUACCCAGGGACCCAGACAAGGAGGGAAGCAAAGGCCCAGCCCCAGGGUGCCCACAUGACAAGUGUGAGAGAGGCCCGAGGGCCACCAGCCCCUGCAGGAGCCCCAUUCCUGCACUGUCCACACAGAUGCCUGGUUCUUUCUCCCAUCUGGAUCUGUCAGUGGUGUUUGUUUCUCUUCUGGGUGCUUUUAAACCCUCGAGAUGCACCUUGGCCAAAACAGAUGGUAGAAGGCACUCUGGAAUGGAAAACAGUUCACAUCAAGUGAUGGCACUUCCUUUGCCAACAAGCAACCCAACUCAUAAUAGCAGCCUUGUGUGUGAUUCUUUAUUCCUCCUUAUUCUAGAAUGUUCCCUCUCUCACUCUGUGCAACAGCCAGGAAGUGGAGUCUGCCCUCCUGGGCCCUGAGGCAGCUCCCGGAGUCAGAUCUGCUUCCUGUGGAAGACAUUCGCAGUCAAUGGGCACUCAUUGAGAUCUCAGCUGUGGCCCAGCUUUCUGUGGUGCCCAUGUCCCGUUAUCUACCAUCCCCUGAAACCUGACCUCCUCUACCGUCUGGGCCACUCACAGGCCAGUCUAGGCAAAGGUGAGAAGGCAGAUGAGGGAAACACAUCCAUCUUCCAGCCAGUUCAGAGUCUUCAGCGAUUUUUUUUCCAUGGUUAACAUUUUCCCCAAAACCAGAUUCCAAGUCAGUUUUAACUCCAUACUAGAAAACAAGUCUGCCAGAUUGUGACUGGAACAAUUACAAGUGAAGGCCCCCCAUGGACUGAGGGAAGUUAAAAGGGUAGUUUGCAUUCCUGGACUUCAUGGUGCAGAACACACCAGAAUGUUCUGGUUUUCAACCUCAUGAGGCCAACACUUGCCCAGUGUUACUGUCUCAAGAAGAUGUCCACACUGACCUGUGGAUGUAGGUCCGCUUCUCACCUACAGGUGCUGGGGGUGCUGCUGCAGGCUCGGAGCAGACUUCCAUUGCAUCCCCUUCAUCCCCAAGGGCAGCAGUUGACAGGUCAGCAUCAGACCCCCGAGUGGCUGGGCUGCAGAAGACAGAGUGUCAGCCACGGCUCAGCAUAACUCCCACAGCCCUGGCUUCCCCCAGAAAUAAACUUUCAAGCAAAGGA